AUGAAGAAAGAUGAGAAGAAGGUUGCAACGGGAAGGACGAAUUGCGCCAGAUCUUCAGCAGUAGCUUCUGCGUCAACGGUAGAAGAAACCACUCCUUUGAGGAGGUCAUCCAGGGGGAAACCGUCUACCUCUACGAAGCCUAUAAGUCCUGCUUCUGGUAGCAGAAGGUCUGGGAGACUCGCUUCCUCGCCUGCUUCAGUUGCAAGAGUUUCUGGUGGAAUUGAGAAGAAGAAACAAACAGCAAGUGCUUUGCGAAGGUCUAAUAAGGGAAAGAGUGUACCUUCGGAGAGUCCAAAAGGGUCAUCAGAUAAGUCUGAGAGGAAAGUAAACACUUCUUCAUUGGGUGUUGUGGAGAGUAAUGGCAAGAAGAUAGACAGCAUAGAAGAGUCGACAGAUGAGGUCAAGAAGCAGAAGCCUAGAAUGACAGCUCGAAGUUACAGGGCCUUGUAUAGAGGGCAUCUCAAGACGGAUUCUAAUGCUUCUUCAAAUGAUGAGGAAUUAGUAGUGGUUGGUUGUUCUCGCCGUGUACCUGCGGAAAAUGAUGAUGCUAGAGAAGAUAACAGUCUAUCAAAUGAGAAUUUAGGAGCAAAAGGGGUGCCGGUUGGAGAAAUUAGUUUAGAGAAGGGCCCUGAUUUUCCUGUGGAAGUAACUAGGGAUAUUAUAGAAAAGACGGUGGUUGAUUCAUCCCCCAUGGUUGAAACUGGAGAUGGCAAUGUUAUAGGUUCACCAUCUAAGAAUCCAGAACCACAAAAACUUCGUGACAGUGAAACUAGCUUGGAAACCGACAUAGAAUUGGCUCUGAAAAGAAAAAGAGACACUUCGGGAAAUGAUGUGGCUAGACAAGAUAACAGUCCAGCACAUGCGAAUUCAGGAUCAAAAGGGCUGCCGGUUGUCGAAAUUGGUUUAGAGAAGGGCCCUGAUUUUCCUGUGGAAGUAACUACGAAUAGAGAAAAGACAGCUGUUGAUUCAUCCCUCAUUGUUGAAACUGGGGAUGGCAAGGUUUUAGGUUCACCAUCUGAGAAUCCAGAGUCACAAAAGCUUCAUGACAGCCAAACUAGCUUGGAAACCGACAUAGAUUUUUCUUUUAGAGACACUGGGGAAAAUGAUGAUGGUAAAGACGAUAACAGUCCACCACAUGCGAAUUCAGGAUCAAAAAGGCUGCCGGUUGGAGAAAUUAGUCUAGAGAAGGGCCCUGAUUUUCCUGUGGAAGUAACUAGGGAUACAGAAAAGACAGCGGUUGAUUCAUCCUCCAUGGUUGAAACUGGGGGUGGCAAUGUUAUAGGUUCAAAAAGAAAAAGAGACACUGCAGAAAUUGUGAUGGAUGCAUGUACAAACGCAGAUGACCGCAUUAUGAGUACUAAUGGGGUUAUUCCUUCUCCACCCGUGUGCACAAAUAUUAAUCAACAUGAAUUGUGCGGCACUUGUCUAAAACGGCAAAAGGUCAAUGAUGAUUUUGAAAAUCUGAGUGUUUGCUCCUGCACUGCUCAGCCAGUUCAAGAAUCUGAUCAGGUGGCACAGGAUAUGAAGGAAUGUGGACCCGCUACAAGCAAAGACUAUGGGGAGAACAGGCAGAAGAUGCACCAAGAUAAAUCAUUUGAUCCCAAAUUGUUAUCAAUGUACACCGAGUAUUGGGUUCCAGUGCAGUUAUCAGAUGUACAGGUGGAGCAAUACUGUCGGACUCUCUUCUCCGAAUCUUUAUCUCUUUCUUCGCUGUUGAAGAAUGAUCUUGGAGCUCUCGAAAAAACUCUCGCUUCUGUAAAGAAAACCUGUGACCACCCUUAUGUUAUGGAUGCAUCUUUGAGACCACAGCUCAUCAAGAAUCUGGAGUUGCAUGAAAUCCUGGAUGUAGAAGUCAAAGCAAGCGGGAAACUUCCCCUACUUGGUGCAAUGCUUACUCAAGUAAAAGCAAAGGGUUUAAAAGCAGUUGUCUUCUACCAGGCAACACAAAGCCCUGAGGGGUUUCUGCUUGGUAAUAUUCUCGAAGAUUUUGUGAUUCAGAGAUUUGGUCAAAAUUCUUAUGAGCAUGGGGUCUCUCUCUCAAAAAAAAUCGCUAUAAACAAUUUCAACAAGGAGAGUCAGUGUUUUAUUCUGCUACUGGAAAUACGUGCCUGCAGUCAAAGCAUUAAACUCUUACGCGCUGAGGCUUUUAUACUUUUUGGAAGCAGCUUGAAUCCAUCGCAUGAUGUUAAGCUCUUAGAGAAGAUAAAGAUCGAGCCGUGUUCGGAAAGAACUAAAAUAUUCCGGUUGUACUCAGUGUUUACAGUUGAAGAAAAAGCCCUGAUUCUGGCUAGGCAAAAUAAGCCUCUAGAGAACAUAAACCGUCCUCUCACACAUGCACUGCUCAUGUGGGGGGCUUCAUAUUUAUUUGAUAAGCUGGAUCACUUCCAUGGGAGUGGAACCCCAGGUUCAGGAGUUCCAUUUGAACAAUCUAUUCAGGAUGCCGUGAUUCAUGAAUUUUCGUCCAUACUUUCUUCCAAUGUUGGAGAAGAAAAUGAAGGCAAGCUGUGUCUACUUUUGGAAGCCAAGCAUGCUCAGGGAGUUUACAGCACGGAUGCUACUCUAUUUGGUGAAGAACAUGUCAAGUUAUCAGAGGAAAUUAGUCCAAAUAUGUUUUGGUCAAAGCUGUUGAGUGGAAAGAACCCAAUGUGGAAAUACUGUUCGGAUACUCCUCAAAGGAGUCGAAAAAGAGUACAGCAUCUUCAGGGCUAUGAAGAGACUACCAAAGUUGGCAAUGGCGGAAACUUAAAGAAGAAAAAAAAGGCUUCAGAUGAUGUCAUAGUAGAUAACGAUGAAAGGAAAGCCUCUGGGAACGAUCACAUGGGGCAUUUGGAGUCGCCAAAAGUUGCAUCACUCAAAUCAUCACGUGGAUCUGCUUCUGGUACGAAUGACUCAUUGACUGGAAAAGAUGCUACUGGCUUGUAUUCUUUGGGCGGUCAUAUCUCUGGAAUCCCAGAGGAUAUGUUAGGUGGCAUUGAUUGGCGACAAAUUCCGCAUGAGUCACAGGGGAGUCUCUAUGCUGUUUUAAAGCCGAAGAUGGCAAAACUUUGUCCUUCAGAAGAUUCGGUAAGCAUAGCUGAAAAGUUUCUUGAAUAUAUUAUUGAACACCACCGUGUCUGCACAGAGCCAGCCACCAUAUUGGAGGCUUUCCAGAUAGCUUUGAGUUGGAUUGCAGCCUCGCUCGUAAAGCAAUCGUGUAACCAUGAAGAAUCUUUGGUCCGGGCAAAAUCGGAAUUAGGUUUCAGUUGCUCUGAAGAAGAAGUAGAUUAUAUGUAUUCUCUUUUGUGCUGCAUGAAGAGUCUAUUCCUCGGGCGUACACAAAAGGUGAAUGAAAGUCUCUCAGGGGAUACAGUGCAGAUGCGUAGCUCAGUAACAAAAGAUGUCGAAAAGACUAUUAGGGACAUCAAAAAUAAAGGCAGUAAGAAACUGCAGAAACUUGUACAGAUCCACGAGGAAAAAAAGGUGGAUCUGUUGAAUAGGAGUGCUGACAAGAAGCAGAAACUUCUAAAUUCGAAAAAGCUGGAAGUAUUAUAUAUUCGUGUCACCUGUUCAGAGUCAAGUCCUCAGACCUUACUGGAUAAUCUUCAACGGGUGGAAGAUGAUUUGGAAAGAAAGAAUGAUGAUCUCAAAAUAGAGAUGGAUGAAUGCCUAAAAAACUUAGAGGAAAUGCACGAGGCUGACAAGAAAAAGUUGGCUGAGGAUGAAGCAUACUGGAUUAGUCGGAUAGAAAACUGGGCACAAGCUGAAUUAAUAGAUUGUGCUACCAUUCAAAGUAGCAGUAAUAAGCAUCGUAGUGGAUUAUGCUCAUUGAAAACUUCCACAAAUGCUCCUGAUGUGCAAACUUGCAAUGCCAAUGGUGAAGCUACUUAUGCUGAGACAAGUUGCAUGGUUGCCAAGGAAAACCAAUUGCCAGAAGCAGAAACCACAUUAAGAACCAUGUCGGGUGGCAGCACUCAACAAGUUGAUGAAAUGGUGGCUUCAAGAAAUGACAAGGCGAUGGAUGUCUCAACCUUGUCUCAUGAACAGCCUGCAGAUAUGGCUACAAAGAGCCGGUCCAAUGAGCUAGCUUCUCUUACUGCGCCUGAGAUUAGGAUUCCAGCUGGCUGUCAAGAAGAAUCUGUGGCCUUGAACGUGCAGUUGUCAGAAAAUCAGAAUUGUGUUACAUCAGCGACACCAGAUGAGGAUGUUCCCUCAAGGGUGCCAGAGAUAUCCCAGUCAUUUGCAAAUCUUGCAAAAUCUGCCUCUUUAGAGUCUUGGUUGAACAGAGAGGAGGCUUUGGUUUCUAAAAAAACUAUUCAUACGGGCUCUGAUACUGAUAACACUUUGGACCACCAGAAUGAGGAAGCUUGUUCUCUUAACAAGGAGAUUACGGACGAGUCGGUGUUGCCUAUGCCUCACCCUGCGCUUGUGGAUGAUCAGGAGAUAUGUCCCGUGCCUUCUUCGCCGAGUGGACAUCAACCUGACCCAGCAGCAAACAUUCAGGGCGAAAAUAUUGACACACCUAUUGAGCCUCAGCCAGCUGGAUCUCAUAUGCUUUCUUCACCGACUGGACAGCAACCUGGCACAGCAGAAGAAAUUCAGGGCAAGAAUAUUGAAGCAUCAGUUGAGUCUCAGCCAGCUGUCUCAGAAUCAGUAGAGACUGGUGGUCUUGCUGCAUUCGAGCAGGGUGAUCAAGUUGCAUGUCCGUCGCCAUCUUCACCGAUUGGAAAUCAGCCUGAUUCAGGCGCAAACAUUGAGAGCCAAAAUAUCAGCACUUCAGCAGAGCCACACAUUGCUGUUCCCGGUGUAGUAGAGAUUGCUGUUUCCUCAGUUUCAGAUCAGGAAAUAACGGGUGCUCAGGAUGCAUGCUCUCUGCCGUCUCCUUUGAUUGGAACUCAGGCUGACCUAGCAGCAAACACUGAGGGCCAAAAUAUUACAACAGUGGCUGAGCUUCAGACAGCUGGACCAGAUGCAGUAGAAACUGGUCGUGAUGCAUCUCCGCUGCCAGUCUCUUCGUCUGGAAAUCAAUGUGAUGCAGCAGUUACCACUGAGGUCUUUAAUAACAACACAACAAUGGCUGCGCCUCACACAAUUGAAUCAGAUGCAUGUGAAAUGGAAGUAGCAGAACCUGAUACCCAAGUAGAACAAUCAACCUUUGCAAAUAACGUUGCACCCCUUGCCCCUGAAGUUGUUGUGGAGCCUUCAGCAGGUGUUCCAUCACAUCUUAACAAUGCUACGGGACAGAAUGCCACUCCACCUGUUCCUCAAAUACCUUUCCCUGUGUUCAAUGACCCAUUUCAGCAUGAACUGGAGAAGUUGCGGAGAGAAUCAGAGAACACAAAGAAGACUUAUGAAGAAAAGAAAUCAGUUUUAAAAGCUGAAUUCGAAAGGAAGAUAGCUGAGCUACAAGCAGAGUAUCAAAGGAAGUUUCAUGAGGUAGAAGCCGAGCAUACAGCCAAAGCGACAAAGAUACAGACGACCAAGAAUCUUGUUGUAAUGAACAAGAUGUUGUCGAAUGCGUUCUUGUCUAAAUGUACGAGCAGAAUGGAAUCUCAACCCUCGGCAGCUCCAAGGGGUAGAAUUCUGCAGCUAGCACAGACACUGAGAAAUUAUCAUACAGCUUCGGCUCCUGCUCCUCUGCAGCCUCAGGCAUCUUCUUAUCCAUCUUCAGUUUCUCGCUUCUCAUCAGGCCUUCCUCCGAGUUCCACCUACUGCACAAUGCCUCAGCCAAGACAACCUCUCAUCUCCAACCCAGCUCCAUUGUUAUCAGCUUCUCCUGCAACUGCAACUAAUUUAGCUGUCAAUGGAAGACUAGCUUCUUCUGCACCGCAUAUAAUAAACCCAUAUAGAUCAUCUUCCUCUUCAAUUCCCAUCCCCUCGACAACUACUCCAACCUCAUCAGCUGUUCCUCAAGCUUUAACAUAUUCCACUUCAGUUCCCAUCCCCACGACAACUACUCCAACCGCGUCAGGUGUUCCUCAAGCUUUAACAUAUACAAGUGCGGUAACUCAGCAGCAAGAACAACAUCAACAGCAACAGAACUUUGGGAGUGGAUUACAGAGGAGCGGUGAUGUGGUCUGUCUCUCUGAUGACGAGUGA